UGACCCUAUGGCCUGAUUAGAUCUAAAUGAUAGAUUCUCUAAAUUCCUCACGGUUACAAGAAACACAAACGGAAACUAGAAUCUAAUAGACUAGAUUCUAGAUCUGUUUAAUUUUUAGCUCUACAUUUUCUUUCGAUGAUUUUUGUCAUUGAAAUAUGGAGCAUCAAAGUCUUUUAACAAAGCUAGUUGAAGGGUAUAACGACAUCUUCAAAUAUGCAGACCCCAGGGUUGAGAACUGGUUUAUGAUGCAGUCCCCUAUACCAAGUCUUCUCAUAUGCAUUGGUUACUUCAUCUUUGUCUGGGUAUCACCAUCACUUAUGAAGAAUCACAAGGCAUAUGAACUGCGGAAUCUUCUAGUUGUCUACAAUUUAGCUAUGGUGGCCUUAUCUACAUACAUUUUCUAUGAAUUUUUAAUGAGUGGCUGGCUGGCUGGGUACAGUUUGGGAUGUCAACCAGUGGAUUACUCUAACUCACCACAGGCUUUGAGGAUGGCAAGUGUCUGCUGGUUGUUUUACAUUUCCAAAUUUAUUGAGUUAUUUGACACAAUUUUUUUCAUCUUGAGGAAAAAGUUCAAUCAAGUUUCAUUUCUUCACGUGUUUCAUCAUGGCAUCAUGCCAAUCUCAUGGUGGUUUGGUGUCAAGCUAGUCCCAGGAGGAUUUGGCACCUUUCACUCGACAUUAAAUUCCUUCAUUCAUUUAGUCAUGUACACCUACUAUGGCUUGUCGGCACUGGGCCCAGCUUUCCAGCAGUACUUAUGGUGGAAAAAAUACAUGACAAGCAUGCAAAUGAUUCAGUUUAUUGCAGUAACAAUCCACUCCACUCAACUGUUGUUUAUAGAAUGCAACUAUCCAAAAAUCUUUGUCUAUUGGAUAGGAUUCUAUGCUAUUAUAUUUCUGAUCAUGUUUGCCAAUUUCUAUGUCCAAGCCUAUUUAAAACCCAAAACAAGUGUUGACAUCAGAACAAAAAAAGUUAUGAAUGGAACUUCAGAAAAUGGAGCCAAGGCCAAGAGCAGCUAACUAGAAGUCUAUUUAUGUCUAACCCUAACCAGUAUUGUAACUUUCAUCUGUAAACAUUUGUUAAUUUAGGGCUAAACAUUUAUUCAAAGUUUUCAAUAAUUUGGUUGUCCUUACAACAUUGGGUAUUUGUUAAAAAAAACAACUGAUGAGAAAUUAUGUUAAAAGUCAUUGUUGAAAAGUGACAAUUAAUUAGUAGUUUCUACAUCAAAGCUGUAUGUGUUAUUCUUAUGAUUAGGCUUUUACAGUUCUAAAAAGUUACUUUUUAUGCCAAUAUUUUAUUAGUUUUUUUUAAUUUUUAUAUUAAGUCACUUUCAAUCUCUUUGAACAUUUUGACCUGACAGCAACCUCAGUAUUCUCCUGUUGUGGUUAUCUUAUAUGAACAGGGACCUUCUGAAAGUAUAUUGUCACAGUAAACUAUAAAGUGAGAACAACAUAAGCAAAGUUUGCUCAACUAUGAUAAAUUGUAACAUUGCAAUGGAGCUAUUCAUUUUUAAAAGAUUGUUUUGAUGCAAGAAUCCAGAAGUUGGAAUUGAAAAAUGUAGAAUAACACAUCUGAUUAUUUAAUCAGCAUAAUAUGUUUUUUAUUAAAAGAUAAGAACAUAACAUCUAUACAUAAGAUAAUAAUAUAAGGUGUAAACAUUGCUUGUUUUAUUGAUACCUGUGCAUUUGUUUGUGAUUGUUUCAGAGUAAGUUGGGAUCAAAUUGUAUUUUUUUAUAUUAUUUUUUUUAUUUUUGAAUCAAUUUUAUAAAUGUAUUUGUGACAUUUUUCUAGAUUUGUUUGCCUACAAUGAUGUCAAAAUGUAUUAAUUAGUUUUUAUAUUUAUUAAUUUUAGACAAAUCUUUUUUGUUGUUGUUUUUUUAACUCAAUUUUUGUCUAAUGUUAUACAGUUUGUUUUAGUUGAGUGUGACAUUACUGAGCAACAAGCAAGUUUAAAUCCAGUAUGAACUUUGAGCUUAUUACAUUAUAAUCCCAUAGAAGCAUUCUAAAUCACUGCUGGUGGUGUGCUGCCUAAGUUGCUUCACAUUAACACCCUUGUGAUAAUUUAUUUAGUUAGUUCCUGUUGUCUUGACCAUACUUUCUAGCCAGAUUCACUAUGAAAUCAAAAUUUCAAUGACUAAAUGAAAUGCUAAACAACUUGGCUAAACCUUUUUGUAACUGCCCCAUACCUAAUUUGUAAACAGCUGGAACAUGACUUUUGUAUAGUUUAAGGAAGACGUGUAAAAUGUGUAAGAGUAUAAAAGUAUCUUUCUUCAUUCACUUAAUACUAAGGUUAAACAUUUUUAUUUAAUCGUCUGUACUUUCAUGCAAAUAUUGCACAUUCAAAACUCUUGUAACUGAUCUUAGGCAAUUUUUAAAAAAUGAUGUACAGUAGAAUGUCGUUGAUCUGUACGUUAGUUAUCUGGAAUUUCAAAUAUCUGGACAUCUUUUUUGUUUUACCUUGCAGUAUCUAAAUGGUCUUGUUGAUGUGCUGCUCAAGAUCAGAAAAUAUUUCAAUAAUGGUAGGCUACUAUGUAUAGUGCUUUUUCCCCUUUAUUUCAAUUUAUAAAUUUUCUUUUUAUUUUUGGUGAAAUGGACUGUUUUUAAUAUUCCAUAUUCUGUUAUCUGGACGUUCGAUUAUCCAGACAGACCCCAUUCCAAAUUUAUCUGCAUAAUCGACAUUCUACUGUAUUGACUAGUAAGUAAUAAUCUAAAAAUUCCAUAUACUUAUACCGGUACAUAGAUAGUCAUUUAUCUCUGAUUAUCUUCUUAACAUGUCAAAGAACAUAUUAAAGUAAUACAAUUUUUUUUUUUGCUAUUUGUAAAGCAUUUUUAGAGAACUGAUGCUAUGGCUAACUAGUAGAUUCAUCUUUUUUUUUUUUUUUUCUGAAAAAUUGACAAAAUGUUCAGUCCUUAAGUUUUUCCCCUUGUUGCAAUCACUUUGAAGCCACACGACUUGUUUCUCAGUGGUAUCACUGCUUAGUACCUACCCCUUGUCUUCUCUUUACAUACACAUAGCUUUAAAUCUAAGUGUAGACAUAUACUGGUACUCAAGAUCUGUUGUAGGCAAUUAGUUUAAAAAGUGCUUGUGCUACUUGAUCUUGUGUGUGGAUAAAUGUGUGCAUGAGUCAUAAACCACAUUCAAAUUGGAACAUAUUACUUAUUGUCACCUCUCUGCACUGCCAUUAUAGUUUUAAAUAUAACCAAAAUAGUAAAUUUAUGUAUUAUUCAAUGUAGAAAAUUUAAAAUAUAAGCCUUUUAUACCUGUAAUGAGUCACCUCGUACUUCAGGAUGUCUGUUUCAGAUAAAACUGAGCUAGUAACAUACUCUAAUUUUUUUAUAUUCUGAAUUGUAAACUGAUACCGAUACUAGUAAUACAUGCGCAAUAACUGAUUCAAUAAAGUUGUGUUGUUUUAUUCAUACAAGACAAAAUAGUUCCUUAUAUGAUAUAACUUGUGUUUUAUAAAAUCUAAAAUAAUUUUCAGUUUCAUAUAUAUUUUCCAUGAUUUUGUGUGUGUUUAGUGUAAUUUAAAUCUAAAUUAUAGACCUAUAUUGGUCAUACUUUGAACCACACUUACUGAUAAAAAAGUUGAUUUAAGAUACCUCUUGUACUAUUCUGAAAGCAUUUUGUAAUUACAGCUAGUUAUGUUGACGAAAGCUGAGCUGGUUUGGUCAUAUUGCUAGACAUGACUCACUGUCUUAAGUCAUCCUUCAAGGUACAGUAAAGGGUUGUCGAAAGAAAAGCUGGCUGAAUAAUAUAAAAGAAUGGACCUCUCUCUCUCUUGAUAUUUCAGCUGCUGACUGGGAAAAAUGGUCGAACUACCCCUAUGAUGAAAGUCAAAGGUCAGAUGAUGAUGUUGUUGACUAUUUCAUUUUAAUUUAUUAAAGCAGAGCUUGCAUAGAAUGCAAAAAUAAUUCUGGGAAAACAUUUAAGAAUGUAUGGACCUUACUCUGAGUCAGACAACAGAAAGCGAACAUUGAAGGGGAAAGUAGUUGUGAUUUUAAGGGACAAAAUACAGGGGAAGAAAAAAAGCUAUAAAGUCAUUUUAAAAUGCUUCUCUUGGUCCUAUCAAAUAGCUGCAUAAUAACAUGGACUUGCCUCAGGUAUAAUUAGACAGUCAACAUAAUUAACUUAUUAACAUCUGUUAUUUAUAUUUUUUUCUUGGCAAGGUUUGUAAAUAAACUUAAAUUGAAAAAUGUUUAUUUUUGUUGUAUACACAAUAGCUCAUUUGUAACACAGACAUUGCUUACAAAUCUUAUGUUGCUUUUAUCUUUCUAAACUAUUUAUUCUAAGCUGUCUUCAGUGUGUAUUCAAAUCUAAAAGACUAUAGCAGAUCUUUCCGCUACCUAUACCAAAUAUUUAUCAAAGAUGAACUAUCUAUUUUGUUUACAUAUAUACAAGUUGCCUAUUCUUCCAUUGCUGAUGUCCAAACACUGUUAACUUAUUUGUUUUACCUUAUAUAUUUUAUACAUAUAUUAAUGAUCCUAUUCUACAAAAAUGUUUAAAAUCCAGUUAUUACCAGUAAGAGUAACAAUAAAAAAAAACACAUUGCAACAUUUUGGUGUCUUGUGUUCUAGGGCCUAAUGAAAAAUCUCUACUUGGAAAAUAUUUUUAACCAAUGGAUGCUCAAUAAGUGCUGUUCAUAAAUUGUUUUUAAUAAGCUUUUUUUUCUUAUGGUUUAGAAAAAGAAUGCUCUAUCAUUUAAUGUCUAUUUGUUAUUUUUGUAAUGACAUCUCUUUAGUUGAGCAAUGCUUGACCUUAGGUUAGUCAUUAUAUUGUUUUUAAUUAAAUCCAUAAAGAAAUAACUUAGUAUUUAACAUAUUGAUUUUGUUUGAUUUAUUUCAAGGUAAUUUAAAUUUAAUCAAGUAUACCAGUAUAUUUUUGUAAAUAUUAAACAUAUUUCUACCUCCAAAGUCUUGUGGAAAAAUCCCAUACAGCUUUCAGAGUGGCAUAAAGGCAGCAGAUACAUUGUCAAAUCAAUAAGUGGGCAAGUAAAUUGACAUACUGCAAACUAGUAACAUAAAAGAAUUUUUUUUUUAAAUCAAUUUCUCCUUUAAGGAGAUAUGAACUUACAUCUCAUUCUAUUUAUUUCUUGUAAUGCUUCAAUAUUACAAGGAGUAUUUCUAGUGAGCCUUCACAAUCAAUUUCUUCUAUUAAGAGUCCAGAUAAUUUCUACAUAAGAUGUAAAAUGUACAUGUACCAUUCCCAGUGAAGCAAGUUUAAAAUUGACCAAAUUAAAUUUUAAUAUGAUUAUAUUUUGAAAAAUUAUAAUGGUCAAACAAGAUUUUUCAUUGUGUAAUUAGUUAGUUGUUGAUUUCCCCCCC